CGUCGAGGAGCGAGGAGCCCAGCGCUCGCGGUGCCGCGGCGUGCCGUCGACCACCUAUGGGGGGGCCAGGAAGCACCGCCCCGGCCACGGCGAGGACCACGACGACGCCCCUCCCGGACGACGACGGAGCGGGUGUCUCCGUGAACUCGACGGCCACGUCCUUCUCGGCGAGCGGCCCUCGAUAGCCGGCCGCGUGCCCUCAGCCCGCAGCCCGCCCGGACAGGGACCUCCGCGACCACGAUGGCGCCGAUACUGAAGAAGGGGCUCUUCUGCUGCCUCAGCCUGCGCACCUGCGCCCUCAUCCUGGGCACCAUCACCUUGGCGUUCAACUUGCUGACGCUGUCCAUGUUCAUCGUCAGCCUGGACAUGUGGCUGAGCGAGAGCGAGUACCACCACUGGAACCACACGGCGGACCACCUCGACGGCCACCUGCUGGACGUCCACGGCGUCCACGACGUCCACCAGGACGGGCUGCUGCCGAUGCCGGGCCUCGUCAACAAGUCGGCGUGGUGGCCCGGCCAUCCCGAGGGCCAUCCUGGCCACGCCGGGGCGGCCCUCGGGGCGGCCGAAGAGGAGGAACCCGAGGAGUACGAUGGCUUUGAAGACUCCGAGGCCAUGGAGGAGCUCCUGGAGAGAAACCCACACCUGGCGCUGGCGCUGGUGUGGUUCGACUUCGUGCUCGUGAUCCUGGAGACGGUGGCCGUCGUCCUGCUCAUCUGGGGCGCCGCAAAGCGGAGGGCCGUGUUGCUGCUGCCCUGGCUGGGCGUCGAGCUCUUCACCACGCUGUACGACCUGGGCUUCUUCGUGUACAUGUUCAUCUCCAACGACGUGUACAUCGCCAUCGACCUCAUGCCCAUCCUGCUGCUGCCGCUUACUGUUUACUGCUGGCUGGUGGUGUACAGCCUGUACCAGGAGUGCAAGGAGACGGCGGCCAUGAACACGUCCAUGCCGCUGUCCAUGUCCGCCCUGGAGGCCGCCACGGUGGGCGGGACUCUGAGCGGGACGCUGAGCGGGGCCCUGGGCGGGAACGUCGGCCAGUGCACGGUGCCCUACGGCCGGAUGGCAUAGCCGCGCAGCACAGCCACGAGCACAGCCCGGCGUAGCUCAGCUCGGCGAGGCGUAGCUCGGCGUGGCGUAGCUGCCUAGCUGGCCGCUAAGGUCGCCUGUUGGUGCGUUUCGUUUGGACCAGCCUACCGCAGGCUUCGCGGGCCAGCAGGACUUGGCCGGCACGCCCCUGGGACUUCCCCCUCCACCCGCCGGGCUCCAAAGCUACAGAGCUACAGCCCUGAGGACGCUCUUGUUUUAUGGAAGCCCAUUAUACGGCGCGGCCGCGGUCCCGAGGCCAGAUCGCCUUCACCAUCUCCAUGUUCGCCAUGCGCAUGCGGCCCCCGCCCCGCCAGGCUCGGCGGACAGCGGCAGCGCCAACGAUGGAUGUGUUAAAGGGCCCCCGAGGCCACAAGUCACCAGAUCCACGCAUUUUCGAAAAGGGAAAAAAAAAGUGCGCGGAUGUUAGACUUUUAAUGAAUUCAUGUGAUAUAGCGGGUACUAUACAAGUGUAGUUAAAUGGAGAACAGUGUCGUCACAGGCUCUGAGCAUCAGUGAUCUAUGCGUCAAGUAGCGUCAAGCACUUUGAGGUGGAGUGCAAGUUUGGCUCGAGAGCCUUUGUUUUUGUUUUAAAAAAAUAUACAUUCCUCAAAUGGAGUAAUAAUGUGUUUUAUUUUAGGAACAGGGUGUGUCCUCUCUCCAGCCUGCAGAAGGCAAGCAGUUCUGUAAAUAUAAUUUUAAGAGUGUUUGUAAAUUAAAUUCGGGUGAUAAAAGAAGUUUAAGUUACUAAGCUUAUAUAACUGUGAGACUAAGAAUAAAACUAUUUUUGUACUAUCAA